AUGGCCACUGGAGGAGGGGAAGAAGCAACAGCACAGCGCAUUUUGCGCAUUACCGACAUUGCCCAGGAGCCACUUCAAUUUAUUGCGCCCAUCGGUGGCUACGAGGAAAUGCCAGUUGUUUCACUUGAAGAAGCUGUUGAACCGCUCGUUUCCAUAUUACCAGCUGUUCAAAGUCACGCAUAUGUUGCCAAACAAAGAUGUGAGAAUCCUGCCGAUGGAUUGACACAAGAUCAAUCGGCCUCAAUCAUGUUGUAUACGAUGGGGUGGGAGCCACUCAAUAAAUGCCUAUAUUUUGUUUUGAAUAAUAUAUUACGAUCACCUGAACGACAACAGAAGCUUAAGCCAUGGUAUUUGUUCAUGAGACUUUUUCUUAGCGCACUUCUUCAUCUUCCAGAGCUUCCUAAAGUUGCAUAUAGAGGCGUCAAAUUAGAUUUGAGCAAGCGUUACAUCGAAGGAAAAACAAUCGUCUGGUGGGGUUUCUCAUCAUGCACAACUACUGUUGGUGUUCUACAAUCGGAACUAUUCUUGGGGACGACGGGUGACAGAACAAUAUUUACCUUACAAUGUCAAUCGACUAGAGAUAUUCGCAAGCAUUCGUAUUAUCCAGUUGAAGAUGAAGUACUUCUUAUGGCUGCAACUCAAUUCAAAGUAGUCAGUUGUCUUAAUCAAGGUAAUCUUCACAUUAUUCAAUUGGAAGAAACUCGUCCUCCAUUUCCACUGUUACAACCAGUACCUAUUAUUGUUCCAUCGUCGAUUAAUCCACCUUCCACAAGUAAGUGA